AGCAGCGCCACCAUCGGACUGCGAUUGACGAACGAUUUCGACCGCCACGACCACCACGAACACAGGGUUGUUUUUGUUGCAAUAAUUUUGUUGAAAUCUGAUUUUGGACUGAAAAUGUAACAUAUGGAAAAAAGCCCGCGGGCCAGCCCGCCAGCUUGCGGGCCGGGUUCAAAAGUGUAACCCGUUUCACCCUUGCGGGCCGGCCCGGCCCGGCCCGUAUAAAUCGGGCCAAAAUCGGGCCGGGUCAAAACGGGCCGGACUGGCCCGUUUUGACAUCCCUAACUAGCUAUAGUUUACGCCGCACGAAUCUCGAGUUCGAACUUCAACUGCCAAUCAUUGUGCUCUAGGGUAGGUUUCCAUAUGGCCUAGUGUAAAAUCGCGGUACUUCAGUUUCUGAUUUUUCUCUUGCUUCUAGGGUUUGGAAUACUGAAAUUUUCGGUAAAUGUUUAUUUCUGAGAGAAAAAGAACUUCAAGUAAGUUGGCAAUGUAGGGAGUGGAUGCCAAAUAAUUUGUAUGCUUCGGGAGUUCGGAUCAGAGAUAUGGACGUUCCCAAUCUGCAAGUCCUCGUAGAAUCUUUGCCAAUGUGUGUUUCUGAUUUAUAAAGGAGUGAGGGUAGACAAAUAUGAUUAGUACUUUGGUUGUGAUUGGAACGGGGAAGAGGGGGCGGGGGAAGAAUAGGAGGUACCUGGGUAAAAAUUCCCCCCACAAACCACGAGUUUCUCAUUGACCUAGGCUUGUUUGCUGCUAUGCGGUUUAAGUCCCUUCGAAUACCUCCUUAUAUUGAAAAUGAUUUUGAGAGUCUCUGAGAGGGUUGCGCUAUGGGGUUCUGAGCGGCGGUUCUCAUCGUCAAAUUUGAAUUACAACAGACCGGUGACGGUAUGCGGCCUCCGUUCAGGCUACAAAGCGCGGCGGCGCACAAGGAUACUCUCCAAAGAAAGCAUUCAAGUCAUUCACGCGCUUAAACUCGCCAAAUCCCCGGACCACGUUCUCGACGCCAAACUCUCACGCCUUUUGAAACCCGACGCCUUAAACCUGUUCGACGAAUUGCUAAGACAAAACGAACUCAGUUUAUCCCUCAAGGUUUUCCACUUCAUUCGCGAGGAGGUGGGGCAUGAUACGCUGCUGCAACUCUACGCCGACAUGAUUCUGUUGCUCGGAAGAAACAUGAAAAUCGACAUGGCGGAGGAGCUCUUCUCUCAAGUUUCGGAGAAGGGAUUGAAACCGGACACAAGGAUGUGCGGUGAGAUGAUUGGGGCGUAUUUGCAAGCUGGGAUGACGGAGAAGGCGAUGGAGAUAUACGGGUCCAUGAAGGAAUGGGGUUGUUCCCCCGAUAAGUUCAUUUUCACUGUACUCAUCACAAAUUUAGAAAGAAACGAACAACAGCAACAUCAACAACUGGUGGAGUCUCUCAAACAAGACUGUUUUCACUAUGUGGAGUUUCCUGAUAAAUUCCUUCAACAACUUCAACAAGAUAAACCCAGAAAGAGACGUGUGGAUCUUGUAUGAAAUUUUGCAGCUUCUGCUUCAGGGUGGUGUUGUUGGCUCUUGUUUACACAAAAUUGAACUUGAAUUGAAAUCUUAGGUUAUAGUGAUCAGUAUAUGCUCUUGGCAUGUAAAAACAUUAGUAGUAGACUUGUACCUCAUAAAUAUGAUGAUGUUUUCACGUGUUAUAAGUAGUGCUUGUGAUAUUGAUUUGAAAGUUGGAGUUUUCUAUUUGGAGAAUAACGUUUAUAUACAGUAAUAUUAGGGUGUGGGGCAACGAAAAUACAAACAAUCCUGUUGAAACAAACUUGUAUUUAAACACUUCUCCUUUUAUCAUUGUAUUACAAAUC